CAUUUACAUGGAAACUGAGUUAUUUAUUUUGUGGAUGUAUUCAGCCUUUUACGUUUUGGUUGGGUUUCGGUGGGUCAAAAUGACGAGAGUGUACAAAGAGGAAUUUAGAAACUCACUGGUGGAAAUUGCAUCUCGAGUGAUUCACAUUGCUUCACCUCAUGAUCGAGUUAGAAUAGUCGAAUGGUGCAGAAGACUCGCGGGCAUCUCUUCCGACAAUAUAAACGACGCGAAAAAACGCAAUGAUUACAUACAGUUGCUGAAGAUAAUGGUCCGUGGAGGGCGGUUGCAUGGAAUUUUCCGACAAUCGUUACCAGGGGAGAAGAUUCCCCCUCUCGGCGAGGCAGUCGGGAUCAACCUCAUCGAGGAAGUUUCCAAGAAUUUACCGAGACCUGGGCCGAUUGCUCCCGUCAUCUCUAAGAAAACUCCAGACGGCUCGGCUUAUAUCUCGAUUAAUAAAAUUCAAGACAGGGGAUUACUGUGUUACAUGGCUGUUACUCCAGAUGGGAUUGACGAUUCAACAGAGGACGAUGACAAUUAAUUCAUUAACAAGCAAAUAAGUCAUUCGAGUGAUUAUUCAUUGCUCACAAUAAAACAUUGAACAUAAAACAUUAGACUCGUUUGAAAUUAAUUCUGAGGAUUAGGCAAUUGAUAUUUUGUACGAAAAAAAACAUUAAUUAAGGUA